AUCUGCUCCAUACAACGGAUGGCGAUCGUAGAUACCAGAUUUUAUACUCUUUUAAGUAAAAGAAAUUGAUCAAUCGGAUCUGGGGUGAUGGACGGAACGCUCGACGGCUGCAAUCUCUAGCUCUUCCUCGCUGCGGCACCAAGCUCACUCUACUGUCAACGAAGAGAAAAGGGUCACGCCUCACUGCCUCACGCGUCACGCUCCCCCGCCUCUGCUCCGCCGUGCCGCCGCGCCGCCCUAGCAUCUUGCUGCGUCGCGCUGUCGCCCCCCGCCUCCGCGACGGCCCUGCUGGUCCAGCUCGUCGCUCGCCGACGCGUUCCCCACCGGCUUGUCGCGUGGGCCCGCGCGGCUGCGUUGCUGCUGCUCCCAGUUCCGGCUGCUCCAGACAGCGUCAGGAGCAAGGUGACUCAUUCCUGGGCAGGUGCUGCUUGUUGCAUAAUAUGUAAAUGAGAUUAUGAGUUGCAUUGAAAGGUAGUUCAUGAACACAGUGCUAACCAUGUCUGGUAUCGAUGAUGAGGAGCCACAUCAGGUUCAUCAGUUUAUGAACAGAGCAGUAGCUAUGUCAGCUAUGGAUGUUAAGGAACCACCUUCAGUGGUUUCCAUUGAUCCAUCACGGUCAGUGAAUAUAGUUGACGAGGACGAUGAUUGGGUUAUAGUCAAGAAACAGCGGAUCACCAUAUUGAUCCCUCCACUAUCACCUGCGGCUGCAAGCCCUCAAGCUGGCACACCCAAGUUAAGUUCUAGACAAGUUAGCCUACCAAGAAUGAGCAGGAGAAACUGCAAUGCUGCCACAAAGAAGCAUCCAAAACAUUUUUCUACGAAGAAAUCUUUGGAGGGCCUUGGCGUCGACGCCAAUAUCAAGAAAGCUCGAACUUGCCCUUCUGAAAGAAUUGUUCAUCAAGACGAUGCAAAGAUGAAGGGAGAAUCGUCACGAAGUGCUGCUGCCGCUGUUGUAAGGUCUGAAUGGACUAAACAUGCUGUUGAAGGAUUGUCCCAUCAAGCCGCAGAGAAAGCAACAAGUCCACUCGGAAACAUGUAUGAUCCUGGGCUGCCAGUUAUUUCUUCAAAUGUCACAAAUAAGGUACUGCGAGCACGACUUCUUCAGAGACGGGUUGCUCGGUUCGGCGGGCUGAGGAAUUGGCUUUUGACUUGCGGUCUUGGAUGGUUUGUCAAAAUAUUGGACAGUGAAGGUAUUGGGAUGUACCAGAUGGUCUCCCUUACAAUGAGCCAGCUGAAAGAGAUGGGCCUUAUUGCCGUAGGACCCCGGAGAAAAUUGAUCCAUGCUAUUGACAGUAUCUGCAAGCCCGGUCAGUUCGAGAUGUUUUCUUGAUCUCAAGUGUGUUUCGGUUCGUUUGUUAGAUGUUUUGAUGCUAGUCGGUUCAGUGACUGCAGCCGUGUGCAAAUCCCUCGAAUGGUUCGAUGCUCUGUUGUAACUUAGAACUGAAAAUGCAACUCAUGUUAAAAAUGCUUUUAAGUAGAAAAUUAGAAGGCUAUCGUUCGAUCUGCUCUGUGAAAUAGUAUGAUCCAUUGUAAGAACAUCUCGCAUAGAAAUGGAUUUUUGAAUAGAUCAA